AUGAACAAUCAGCCAACAUCAAGACCGCUCUUCGUUUACGGAACCUUGAGAGCCCUUCCUCUCUUGGCCUGGGCCCUGACUGGCGAUGCAUCCAAUACCAGUACCGUGGCCCGUCUUGCUCGCCCCGCCAAGGUCUACGGCUACGCACGAUACGCAGUCAAGAAUCGCGACUACCCAGCUGUUGUCAAGCGCACCGAUGAAAGCUCAACGGUGGACGGAUAUCUGCUGAUACUGGAAACGACAUCCCAACGCAAGAAGCUGGACGACUUUGAGGGUGAGACCUACAAGGUCACGGCCGUGACUGUGGAGCUGGAGGAUGGGAGAACAGUCGACGGGGAUAUGUAUGUCUGGGAUGGGAAUAUGGCCGAUGUCUCGACGGAGCCUUGGGAUCUGGAGGCUUUUGUCAAAGAAAGGCUGGAGGACUGGAUCGAUCUUUUCGAUGGGAUGGAACUGGUCGGGGAAGAUUGA